AUGUCCAGCAGCACCAAUGCCCCUGGCCAGAGGAGAGUGUCUCGGGGCUUGGACGAUGCCACCAACAAGAAGAAGCAGAAGGAUCGAGCUAACCAGGAGAGCAGGGAAGUGUCUCGCCCUGAGCUCAAGCAGGCUGAGACUGCCCAGGAGAAGGACUCAGAGGAGGAGCUGCUGCUGGACUGGAAGCAGAAUGCUGAUGAGAUCAUUGUCAAGCUGAACUUGGGCAGCGGCGCUCUGAAAGUGGAGGAUGUAGAUGCUGCUUUCACCGACACGGAUUGUGUGGUCAAACUACCAGACGGGCGCCAGUGGAGCUGUCAGUUCUACGAGGAGAUUGAGAGCUCAUGCAGCAAAGUCCAGUGCAAGAAGGGCAAUUUUCUACAGCUUGUGCUGCAGAAGAAGAUCCCACUGCAUACCUGGUCUUCACUUCUGAAGAGAAGGAAAGACGGAUCCAAAGAGCUGGCCAAAGGGGCUGCAUGCUGGGAGAACGGGAAGGAAAAGGCUGCUUCUGCAGAACUGGCCCCUGAAGAGCCCAGGGCUGAAGGUGCAGAGCUGCCAAGGUCCCGGCGGGAGCCCUCCAACCCCAAGCGUGCUCCGGGAAGAAGCGAGGCCCUGGGAGGAAAAAGCCCAGCCAGCCCAGGGAUGCAGAGCGGCCCCAGUGCCAAGCGGGCAGUAUACGUCAAAGUGGCUCCCACUGAAGAGGAGCCAAAUGCCAGAGUCACUGGGAGCGUGGAGCCCAGCAAAGGGCACAGCGGGAGGGCAGGCAGCCGCCGCAAUGGCAGAGCCAACCAGAUCGAUGCACCGACAGCCAUUGCAGACCUUGCACCGCCACUGGAGAAGGCUGUGGUUUUGGCCAAGGAGACUGUUCCCGUGGAGAUACCACCUCUUGCGACUACCACAGAGGUCUUUCCCCACCGUGUUGCCACCUGCUUGGAGAAGAGAGUCUUGCAGCCAGGCAGCCCUGCUGAGGCCUUGCGGGGCCGGGACUGCACGUCUGUUCUGGGAGAGACCUCUAAGGCUGUCCCAGUGGCCACUCCUCCCCUGGGCAGAGACGGUGAGAAAAGGGACUGGUCCAAGGACGACGUGGCUCUGGAAGCAGCAGCUGAUGAGCCAGAGCCUUUUGUGAGCCUGACCUUCGUCAAGAAUGACUCAUAUGAGAAGGGCAAUGACUUGGUGGUGGUACACGUCUACGUGAAAGAGAUCCACAAGGAGACAUCCAGGGUGUUGUUCCGGGAGCAGGACUUCACGCUGGUGUUCCAGACAAGCGACACAAACUUCCUCCGCCUCCAUCCUGGCUGUGGGCCCCACACAGUGUUCCGGUGGCAGGUGAAGCUCAGGAACCUUAUUGAGCCAGACCAGUGCACAUACAACUUCACGGUGUCUCGCAUCGAUGUCUGCCUGAAGAAACGCCAGAGCCAGCGCUGGGGGGGGCUGGAGGCUCCAGCCACACGAGGUGCAGUGGGUGGUGCAAAGGUUGCCAUGCCUACAGGCCCUACCCCUCUGGACAAGAACCCCCCAGGCAGUAACCAGCACCCCCUGUCCAACAAGGAGGAGGCCCGAGGCAGUGACAAAGAGAAGCCACGUGUGGAAGAUGGGGGUCUGGAUGGCGUGGCAGCCCGUACGGCCCCAGAGCACGUGGCAGUGAAGCAAGAGCCGCACAUCCCCUCGCCUAAACCGACAUGCAUGGUGCCACCAAUGACACAUAGCCCUGUGAGCACCGAAAGCGUGGAGGAUGAUGAGGAUGAGGAUGAGAAGAAGAAAGUGUGCCUGCCUGGCUUCACGGGGCUGGUGAACUUGGGCAACACCUGCUUCAUGAACAGCGUCAUCCAGUCCCUGUCCAACACCCGGGAGCUGCGCGACUAUUUCCAUGAUCGAUCCUUUGAGUCGGAAAUCAACUACAACAACCCGCUGGGGACGGGGGGACGCCUGGCCAUUGGCUUUGCCAUGCUGCUGCGAGCGCUGUGGAAGGGCACGCACCAUGCCUUCCAGCCCUCUAAACUGAAGGCAAUCGUGGCCAGCAAGGCCAGCCAGUUCACUGGCCAGGAGUUCAUGGCCUUCCUGCUCGAUGGCUUGCAUGAGGACCUCAACCGGAUCCAGAACAAGCCCUACACAGAGACCGUUGACUCAGAUGGGAGGCCUGAUGAGGUGGUAGCUGAGGAGGCCUGGCAGCGACACAAAAUGAGAAACGACUCUUUCAUUGUGGACCUCUUCCAGGGCCAGUACAAAUCCAAGCUGGUGUGCCCAGUGUGUUCCAAGGUUUCCAUCACCUUUGACCCCUUCCUGUACCUCCCCGUGCCCCUCCCGCAGAAGCAGAAGGUGCUGACUGUCUACUACUUUGCAAAGGAGCCGCACAAGAAACCCAUCAAGUUCCUUGUGAGUAUCAGCAAGGAGAACUCCAGUGCCAUGGAGGUACUUGACUCAGUGGCCCACAGUGUACACGUGAAACCAGAGAACCUGCGCCUGGCAGAGGUGAUUAAGAAUCGCUUCCACCGUAUGUUCCUGCCAUCCAACUCGCUGGACACGGUCUCCCCCACGGACCUGCUGCUCUGCUUUGAGGUGCUGUCCCCAGAGCUGGCUAAGGAGCGGGUGGUGGAGCUGCAGGUCCAGCAGCGUCCACAGGUGCCUAGCGGCCCUGUCGCCAAGUGUGCGGCCUGCCAGAAGAAGCAGCUGCCGGAGGAUGAGAAGCUCAGGCGCUGCACGAGGUGCUAUCGAGUCGGUUACUGCAACGUGGCAUGUCAGAAAACACACUGGCCAGACCACAAGGCUUUGUGCCGCCCCGAGAACAUUGGUUUCCCCUUCCUCAUCAGUGUACCAGAAUCCCGUCUCACCUACGCCCGCCUGGCUCAGCUGCUGGAGGGCUACGCAAGGUACUCUGUCAGCGUGUUCCAGCCUCCGUUCCAGCUGGGCCGGAUGUCACCGGAGCAGGGGCUGCAGCCUCUGCUCCCGGACAAGCUGGAGCCCCUGGCCCAGAGCAGCUGUGCAGCAGCCACCUCUGCCCCUGAACCGGGGGAUGGGGACAGAGCUUCCAGCUUCCUGCAGGAGCCCCCACUCUCGCCAGCUGUGCCUGAGCUGCACCCAGAGCCAGGGGACACCGGCACAGUCCGGAGCAAGGUUCUGGCAGCAAGGAGUUCCCUCUUGAGUUUGGAUUCAGGCUUCUCCGAGCACAUGGAGUCGCAGGGCGACAGCUGUUGCGAGAAGGAGCCGUCCUAUGAGAGAGCCCUCAAGCCAGAAGCUGCCAUUCCUGGGUACCAACACACUCCAGACUCGCUGAGUGCCCGUGCCACGCAGUUCUACAUCAACAAGAUCGAUGCUGCCAACCGUGAGCACAAGCUGGAAGAUAAAGGUGACACCCCCCUGGAGCUGACAGAUGACUGCUCCCUCGCCCUGGUAUGGAAGAACAACGAGCGCCUCAAGGAGUUUGUGUUGGUGGAGUCCAAGGAGCUGGAGUGCGUGGAGGACCCAGGCUCGGCCAGCGAAGCAGCCCGGGCUGGUCACUUCACCCUGGAGCAAUGCCUCAAUCUCUUCACCAAGCCCGAAGUCCUGGCCCCAGAGGAAGCGUGGUACUGCCCCAAGUGCAAGCAGCACCGUGAGGCCUCCAAGCAGCUGAUGCUGUGGCGCCUGCCCAACGUCCUCAUCAUCCAGCUCAAGCGCUUCUCAUUCCGCAGCUUUAUUUGGAGGGACAAGAUCAAUGACAUGGUGGACUUCCCCGUCCGGAGCCUGGACCUGAGCAAGUUCUGCAUUGGCCGGAAGGGCGAGCAGCAGCUGCCCAUGUAUGACCUGUACGCUGUGAUCAACCACUAUGGAGGCAUGAUUGGGGGGCACUACACAGCGUACGCCCGCCUGCCCAACGACAAGAACAGCCAGCGCAGCGACGUGGGCUGGCGGCUCUUUGACGACAGUACGGUCACCACUGUGGAUGAGAGCCAGGUGGUAACCAGAUACGCGUAUGUCCUCUUCUACCGCCGGAGGAACUCUCCUGUGGAGAGACCCCUGCCAGGGCAACCCCCAGACCACCGAGCCGAGCACACCCCCUCUGCCGAAGCUGCUGCCAGCCAG